AUGAAAGAGACUGUUGAAACGAAAUCAGCUCCAGAAACUACUCCAACGGUAGCGCAGCCAAAACUAGAAGUAGACGCAACUCCGGAGGAUAUAGACAGUAAAAAUAAGAAGAAGAAAGCUCGGACCACCUUUACCGGAAGACAAAUCUUUGAAUUGGAGAAACAGUUCGAAGUAAAAAAGUAUCUUAGCAGCAGUGAACGGACCGAGAUGGCCAAAUUACUGAACGUUACCGAGACGCAGGUAAGGGAAUAA